AUGAGCCAUACAUGUCUCAUUUAUGUCUCAUUUCCUGCGACCUGGGAAGUUGAAGAAGGUAUUCGGGAUGAAGAUCGUCAAGUUGAAGAAGGUAUUCGGGAUGAAGAUCGUCAAGUUGAAGAAGGUAUUCGGGAUGAAGAUCGUCAAGUUGAAGAAGGUAUUCGGGAUGAAGAUCGUCAAGUUGAAGAAUGGUUACUAUGUGUACAUGAGAACUAA